GUGGCGGUAAUGCACCUAAAAGCUGUUUGCCAGCGGCCAUUAAACAGACAAAAGAAGAAGAGAAGGAGGAGGCGGAAGAAAAAGAAAAAGAAAAAGAAGAAUAUGAUGACAGCAAGCUAACAUGGUAAACACAAAGCUAGCUGUCCCUUAAAAGCUUGCCGUUAAACAAUGUACCAGUCAAGAUGGGGCAGACCCUGUGCAUUUGCUCCCGUGGCGCCAUUACCAUCGAUAACAAAAAAUAUUACUUUGUCCAGAAACUAGACGAAGGUGGGUUCAGUUAUGUUGAUCUGGUAGAGGGGGUAAAAGAUGGGCGCUUCUAUGCCCUGAAGAGGAUCCUGUGCCAUGACCGUGAAGGCCGUCAGGAGGCUCAGACAGAGGUGGAGAUGCAUCAGGUGUUUAAUCACCCCAACGUCUUGAGCCUGGUUGCGCACACCUUUGUUGAUCGUGGAGGCAAGACUGAAGCCUGGUUACUUCUGCCUUAUAUUAGAAAAGGCAGUCUGUGGUCAGUUCUGGAGAAGCUACGAGACAAGGGGAGCUCAAUGCCUGAAAAACAGAUUUUGCAGAUCUUACGUGGCAUCUGCUCUGGACUCAAGGCCAUUCAUGAAAAAGGCUAUGCACACAGAGACCUGAAGCCCACAAAUGUGCUUUUGGAUGAGGAUGACAGGCCGGUUCUGAUGGACCUGGGCUCUAUGAACCGUGCCAGGAUAGAGAUUAGAGGAACCAGAGAAGCUAUGACAAUACAGGACUGGGCAGCCCAGCGGUGCACCAUUUCCUACAGGGCUCCUGAACUCUUCAAUGUAGAGAGCCACUGCAUUAUAGAUGAGCGCACUGAUAUCUGGUCGCUUGGCUGUGUGCUUUACUGCAUGAUGAUGUUGGAAGGGCCGUAUGACAUGGUAUUUCAGAAGGGGGACAGUGUUGCCCUGGCUGUCCAGAAUCCAGUGGCCAUCCCACAGUCUUGCAGUUACUCGGAAGGACUGCAAAUGCUGCUGAGCUCCAUAAUGGUGUCAAAUCCACAGGAGAGACCAAACAUCCAUUGGGUUCUUGACCAGGUACAGGACCUGCUGAGUUGCAGCCCCAACACCCAAACCAACAUGGUCUGAACUUGCAUGGUACACUGGAUGUGGGAUCUCGGAGACCUUUGCACACAUGAAUUCUCUCUUAUUUUGAGCUUGAAAAUAUUUCUUUUAUUUAUUGAAUUUGGUGUAAAAACCUACCUGCAGACUUUCACUCAGUUGGAAAGCUUGGCAAUAGUAUCAACUUUUAGUUUGACUCCUCCAAUAAGAUCCAGCUUGCUUUCGCAGUGCACUUUUGUGGACUUAUCAAGAAUCUGAAAGGCCUUAAAUGUAAUUUGACCCUUCAAUAUCUAAUGCAAGGGUCAAGUGGCUUUGUCUUGUAAUCUUAAAUGGAUAGUUUGACAUUUUGAGAAAUAUGCUUAUUCGCUUUCACUGAGAGUUGCAUGAGAAGAUCGAUACCACUCUCAUGUGUGUCCUUGCUGGAGCCAGCUUGUUAACUAGCU